CUCCUUACGUCAGCGGUGCGCUGGAGCGAGUGAGCAGCGGUACCUAGGGCGGAAGUGCUCUCCGCGGAAGUGAUCGCUGUGCGAAUCGUGGGUGGGAUGGCCGCGGGCCGCCUCUUUCUAAGUCGGCUUCGAGCACCCUUCAGUUCCAUGGCCCAGAGCCUACUCGAGGGCGUUCCCUUCUCCAGGGGCCUGCACGCGGGGCGCGGGCCCCGAAGGCUCUCCAUCGAAGGCAACAUUGCUGUGGGAAAGUCCACGUUUGUGAAGUUACUCGCUAAAACUUACCCAGAAUGGCACGUCGCUACAGAACCUGUAGCAACAUGGCAGGAUAUCCAGGCUGCUGGCACCCAAAAAGCCUGCACUGCCCAAAGUCUUGGAAACUUGCUGGAUAUGAUGUACCGGGAGCCAGCACGAUGGUCCUACACAUUCCAGACAUUUUCCUUUUUGAGCCGCCUGAAAGUACAGCUGGAGCCCUUCCCUGAGAAACUCUUACAGGCCAGGAAGCCAGUACAGAUCUUUGAGAGGUCUGUGUACAGUGACAGGUAUAUCUUUGCAAAGAAUCUUUUUGAAAAUGGUUCCCUCAGUGACAUCGAGUGGCAUAUCUAUCAGGACUGGCAUUCUUUUCUCCUGUGGGAGUUUGCCAGCCGGCUCACAUUACAUGGCUUCAUCUACCUCCAGGCUUCUCCCCAGGUUUGUUUGAAGAGACUGUUCCGGAGGGCCAGGGAGGAAGAGAAAGGAAUUGAGCUGGCCUAUCUAGAGCAGCUGCAUGGCCAACACGAAGCCUGGCUUCUUCACAAGACCACGAAGCUCCACUUUGAGGCUCUGAUGAACAUUCCAGUGCUGGUGUUGGAUGUCAAUGAUGAUUUUUCUGAGGAAGUAACCAAACAAGAAGACCUCAUGAGAGAGGUAAACACCUUUAUAAAGAAUCUGUAACUGAUACCAUGAUGUUCAGGCUGUGAUCUGGGCUCCCUGACUUUCUGAAGCUAGAAAAAUGUUGUGUCUCUCAACCACCUUUCCAUUCCCAGCCCCUCUCAUCCCUGGAGCACUCUGCUGCUCAAGGGCUGGUUUGUUAAUUAUUGUUAGACUUUACCAUUGUUUUCUUUUGUAUCUGAAGCAUUUUGAAAAUAAAGUUUAAGUUUUGCUUGUUUUUCUAA